AUGUUGCCCAAUACGGUCUACAAUCCAGCAAUAUCUUGUUUGUGAUGUUGCUCCUCAUCUUUGCGGCUACAACAAUGCACAAUUAUAGCUUCAAAGGACGCUACACAAGCCCUUACCAGUACUCUGUCUGUAAAUUAUACUAAUAUUCUUUCUGUAAAGUCCUGUGUUAAGGUGACGAGAUCUUGUAUAGUUGUAUGAACACAGUUUGGUGCUUACAUCAAUCAGCUAGGUGGGCAAGAACAUCCUGUGUCUCGUAAUGGCAAAUGAUGUGUCCAGCUCACUCAACGACUCCGUCCUAAUUUUUGAACCUUGGUACUCUUGCCUACCCACUCAGUCUUGUAGUUUGCUUUCUUUGUGGUCCCAUGUGGCCAAUGGGCCCCAAUAGUUGAGUGAUGCGGACUUAGGUAGGCAUAAUACCACACUGCAAGUUCUAAGUUCCAGUGCAAAUUAAAUAUCAACAGGCUUCCUAAUUCAACAACACACCACAAGCAGUCUUGUCGAUACUGCAUUAAAACCCUACGGCGGGCUAUUGCUCUCGGUCUUUGCCGCGGGGCUUUGCCAUUCAUUGUCAUGCUCGUUAUCAGGCUUCCGUGGAAGUCGAGAGAGCAACCAUCCCAAGCAGCGGAAGCACAGGAGGGUCAUUGUACUAUCAAGCUUUCAAAGACUUUCGAUGAACAAUGGCUAUACGGUCUACACACCGGCAGUUUCUAGACAAUAUGAGGAUCUGUUAGAGAUAGCUCAACAUUGCCCUGGCCUCCAUAACCACCAGAGGAUACACCACCAAACAUCUGAGCUUCUUUCUGCCUUUCUUAUCGGGCCUUUAUCGCUCCUUAUCACCUGCUCGCCGCCCUCGUGACCCAUCGUUCCUUCCCUGACAGUCCAGGACAGUGAGGUCGGUAAGGAGGUUGUUUUUAUUCUCCCAUAUUUCUUCUCCCCCAAGAAUUGCGGUUUCUCUCCCUCGCCGAAAUCUCUCCUACAGCGUCAGACGACCGCCACCAUGCCUCCCAAAAAGGAGAAGGCCUUGAUCAAAAAGGCCACCCCCAAGGGUCGCCUCAAGGCCAGCAGCACCGAAAGCACCAAAGACAAGGCCACUGCGACCACCUCGACCAAGAAAACCCAUGCCGCCUCCAAGGCCUCCAAGGACAACGACGACGGCCUCGUCAAAUUCCCCCAGUUCAAGCGUUUCCCCCUCGAGAUCCAGCAAGAGAUCUUCACUCAAGCCCUCCGCAAACCCAGCAUCCACUUCAUGAACGUCGAGAAAGCCGUCAUCCCGGGCUACACCAACGACAAAGGCAACUGGGUCGACCCCACCUGGCAUCUGACCUACUACCCCAAACCCAAAAGCACCGACGGCUCGGGCUAUCGUAUCAACAAGGACAUGGGCUCCGUCAGCCGCGCAGCCCAGCAGGCUGUUAUUCUCGCCACAAAAAACCCGGGCAACCUCCCCUUCUCUCGCGCCUGGGGACCCAUGGACACAAACCACGACCUUGUCGUGCUCGACUUCCUCGCCGGCGCGACGUCAAACCCCAAGUCUGACUUUCGCUACUUUCAUGUUAAUAACCAGUUUUUCGUGCCGUACUUUGAUCCCGAGCUGUCUUUUCCCGCGGGGAGAUCCAGGCUCAGGGAUGAGGGGGAGAUGAACAAGAAGUCUGUUUUUGGGACGGAGACUCCGGGUGGGAUGGCUGAUCUGAAGAAGGUGGGUGUUGUGUACAAGCAGAGUUCUGAGCGCACUUGCGCGAAGCAAAACACUGUUUUUCAGUGCUGCAUCCAUGUUGACGGGAGCAUCGUGCCUCAUGGGGACUGGACCAUGUGUCCGGAUGAGGUGGCGGGGUUUAUCGACUCGAUGCCGGGGUUGGAAGUUUUGUACUUUGUCGUGCAGGUUCCAAAGGGAAGCAGGGAGGAUAGGGAGCGGUUGGAGAUUUAUAGGAGGUGGUUUUCUACAACUUACCAUGAACAGCGCCGCAUCAAGGGCCAACCUGAAGACUGGCUCACCCUGUUCCACGACGCCGACAAGACCUACAUCGGUGUCGACCGCUUCCUCAUGCUUCCUAGCGAUGAGGCCCGGCGUAUGGACCUUGAUGUUGUCAGGGAGGUCAGGGAGCUGAUCAAGGAGGUUCAUAGGCAGCUGACGCAGGACAAGGACGCGACUCCGAUGGAUCUCCGGAGGAUCUUUCGGACUCCGCUGGGGAAGAGGCAGGCAAUGGCUUACAAGAUCUUGCUGCCGGUCAGUGGCAUCUAGAUUAGAUAUCGGUCUCUAGGUUAUCGGAAUUUGGAGUUUGACCUGGGCUGGAAAGGGGAAUCAAGAGGUUUCUUUUGUAGUUAGGCCAUAUGCUUGGUUGGUAAAGUGGAAUAAACACGGUGAUUUUGAG